AUGAGCGGUAGUGCAAUAGCUCGCCGCAUCGACCAUGUCGACGCCCUUGCCCGCACACUCUAUCAGCGCACAAAGCAGAUUCCUCCGCCUGCGUUUGAAGAUGCCGCCGUCGCUGUUCGACGCAUGUACAUGACCCUCCGCGGCCUCCGCGCUGAGGCUGAUGACCCCAAGUCCGUCCUCAGCCAGUCUGACUCCCCUGCGACCUCUUUCGCAGCACUCGGUCCCAUGAUCGACCACUGCGAGGCUGCCCUCAGGCAGCUCGAGACGGUCCUCGAUCGUUUCGAUGCCGCUGGCAAAAAGGAUAACCUGGCAGGUCGCGUCGCGUCUGUCGAACUUGCGAAAAAGGAACUGGACCUUGCCAUUUUCCUUGACUUCGUCCAGACGCGGGCAAAGACAACGUCCACCACUACAGCCCAGCAGUCUGCGGACCAUAUGAAACAUGAUGUCGGCGCUACAACUUCCAACGUUUACAGUCGACAUUCCCACGUGCGUAAAGCCGACACCGAAGCCACAUUGCCACAAUACAAGAAGACGCUUGAGCGCCUGGGCCUCACGCAUGACGAAAUAGAGGCUGAAGCGGCUGUAGUAGAAGCAGAGCGUCGACGGCAAAGCUCUGAAUUAAAGGGCAUCUGUGAUGCUACGAAUAUACCCACCUACCAGAGCGUGGCCGAGUUUGAGGUGAACACGGCCCCUCAAGUCCGGCAUCCCGUACAACUACCAGUGGUGCCACCUAAGGUGCCCAUUCCGCCGCCCAAGGAAAAAAGCUCACCCCCCAAGAAUGAGAAAUCAGGACUUGGCAUUAAUGCCGAUGCUUCGCCCACGGGGAACCACUCACCGACGGUGCUCCCCACACAGUACUCCUUCAAUGUCCCAUACGCCAGCAUGGAGGACGACAAGGAGCCCGAUCUAUCUAUGGCGCUCAUCUCGACCAAGGAGCUUGUCUCCAUGGACAGCCUAAAUCAGAACAUGAAUGGAAUGAACAUACACACAGAUCCAACAACUGCGCACUCGAGCCGUCUAGGUGACGGCCCGUCGCGAUCGCCCACCUUGCCAACGGUUGUCGCUGGCUCACCGCAGCAACACUACAGCAGCGUGGCCUCCGAUGCUAGAACACAAAUUUUUGCAGGUACUAGCCCGGGUCGUUCAUCAUGUCUUGGGCCGGAUAGAUAUGGCAGGGAAAUUCCGCCCGAAGCGCAGUGGACCAAGAUUCGCCGCACCCUCGUCAGCCCCGAGGUCCUCCACCGCGCUGGUGUGCGAUACGAGGCACGACCCGAGUAUGUCGCCAUCCUCGGCCGUCUUAGUCGUCAUGAGAUUGCCGAGUUUGCUCGCCAAAGUGCCGAGUGCCGUGCUGCCCGCCCCAGUCGGCCCCCACUGCCGCCCCGGCGUUCCGACGACGAUGCACGGCCUACUAAUACCAAGGCGGACGUCAAAGCUAACGGAGAUGGUGCCCGGCCUACUAACCUGGACACCAAAAGUAAAACUGAGGGUGCCCGGCCUAUCAAGGCGGAUGUCCAAAGCCAUGGUGACGGCGCCCGGCCUAGAAACUUGGAUACCAAGAGUCAUCACAGCGACGACGACAUCCUCUACGACUCUGACGACUCAACUGACUAUUCAGAUUACCACCGCACCCACGGCAAGGGCACUCGCACCUACCCAUAUAUCGUCAGUCCACCGUCUAAGAACAGCAAAACGUCGCCUUCCACAACGGUUAAGCCUAAACCCAUCCUCAAGAACAAGCACGAAAACCACGUGCGCUUCGACCCGGAACCGCACGACCUGGAACAUUCCAGCAGCGCGCCUAGUUCCUACAACCACGACCGUCACAGGGACUACUACUAUGGACAGGGUAGUUCGUCAUCCUCGCGCCGGUAUAGAGAGCACUAUGACCGCGACUAUGAUGACCGCGAUGAGCGGCCGCACCGCAGCCACAGAGAUCGACGCGACCGGAGGAAGAAGUCAUGGGGAGAGACGCUUGGUGCGGUGGGCAUUGGAAGUGCCGCGUUGUUGUUGGGCGGCGUCGGAUUUUAA